GAAAUAAAAUAGUAUAGUAAAAGGAGAUGGGAACUCUUGCUUGUAAUUUUCACUCAUUUUUCUUAAAUUUAUCAAAUUCUCAAACUAUCUCUUCUCGUAAGUUUCCUAUUCACCAGGUCCACUACUGUAUCACAGCAGCAACAAACUUGAGGUUGAAGAUGUCUCACUCUCUCUCUUCCCAAAACCCAGUGACUGAGCAGCAGAGAAUUGUAAUCCCAAACAAGCAUGGUGAAAAGCUGGUGGGGUUAUUACAUGAAACUGGGUCUAAAGAAAUUGUAAUCCUAUGCCAUGGUUUCAGAUCCACCAAGGCUGAUCGUACUAUGGUGACCCUUGCUGUUGCUUUAGAGAAAGAAGGAAUCGCAGCCUUCCGUUUCGACUUUGCUGGAAAUGGAGAAAGCGAAGGUUCAUUUGAGUUUGGUAACUACUUGAGAGAAGCCGAUGAUUUGCAUUCCAUCAUCCGACACUUUAGCAGGGCAAACCGCGUAGUAAAUGCGAUUGUUGGGCAUAGCAAAGGAGGUGAUGUAGUGCUUGUCUAUGCUUCCAAGUAUGAUGAUAUCCAUACUGUUGUCAACGUCUCCGGCCGCUAUGACCUGAAGAAAGGAGUUGAAGAACGGUUCGGGAAAGGCUCUAUGGACAAGAUUAAGGACGACGGAUACAUUGAUAUUAAGAAUAAGGAAGGAAGUGUCGAGUUUCGUGUGACAAAGGAAAGUUUGAUGGAUCGCCUAAGUUUAGACAUGCACGAAACAUGUUUUAAGAUCCCCAGGGAAUGCAGGGUGUUGACAGUCCACGGAUCUGCCGACGAAACAAUACCUGUCGAAGAUGCAUUCGAGUUUGCCAAGAUCAUACCGAACCACAAAUUGCACGUCGUAGAAGGCGCCAAUCAUAAUUACACGAAACAUCAAACCGAAUUAGCAUCGGUGGUGGUGAAUUACUUAAAGGCAGCUUUACAGCAAGAGUAGGGAAUUCCCGGGUACCUUUUAUGCCAAGUAAAAUCUUUAGUUGUGAGUGUUUGGGGACAUGUUUAGGGUUACCA